GAAGAUGAGCGGAAGAGGAAAAGGCGGCAAAGGACUGGGGAAAGGCGGCGCCAAGCGCCAUCGUAAAGUUCUCCGUGAUAACAUCCAGGGUAUUACUAAACCUGCGAUUCGUCGCCUGGCUCGUCGUGGUGGCGUAAAGCGUAUUUCUGGUCUCAUUUACGAAGAAACUCGUGGUGUGCUGAAGGUGUUCCUCGAGAACGUGAUCCGUGAUGCUGUCACUUACACUGAGCAUGCUAAAAGAAAGACCGUGACCGCCAUGGACGUCGUUUACGCACUGAAACGCCAGGGCCGUACUCUGUACGGAUUUGGUGGUUGAAGACAUAACCGGCUU